AUGGCAGGGCGUUCGCGCUGUCACUGUCACGCCUCGGCGUGGAUUCAUCGACGUGGAAUCAUCGACCCGACCGCCGUCAUCGCCGCUCCCGUCGACCCGGCGUUCGACCCGUCUUUGCGCGAGUACGCCUACGCGGCGCUCCUCGGGCUCGUCCGCAUCGAGGGAACUCUCAUGAAGAGGGCGGCGGGCCAUAUGCAGCAGUCGCGAUCCCGCCAAGUCUCGAGCCUGCGUUUGUCGCUGCGUUUGUCGCUGCACUCGGCGCUCUCCUACGCAUUUGCGAUCGCGGCCGUGAGCCGGCUUUGCGUGGGCUGCCUGACCGGCAGGCCUCCCUCGAGGACUGCACGGCUAGGGCUUGGCGUUCUCACGGCUAGCGUGCCGCUGACUGCGUUGCCUCAGUCGCUGCGGGCGCCCCUGCGGUGGCGGGGCGUCUUCAUCACGUCGCUGUUCACUGCUCUAUUCGUGUCCACCGCCCUCGCCACGCUCGAUGACGAGGGCCGCUUCACGGGCCGAUGGGUUUACAUUGCCUGGGCAGCCUCGGCGCUGCAGUUCGGGCACCGCUGCGCACGGUACCACUUGGAGGUGGAAGAUGCGGAGCGGUGUGCCGAGCGCGAGGCAUUCUUUUCGAUGUGCUGCUUCAGCCUCGGCCGAGGCAUCAAGCUGCCGUGCACGAUCCUGAACCAGGCCUUCAUGGUCCUCAUCGGCGGCUGGCUCGAGAGCGCCGCCGGCCCCGACCUGCUCGUGGCGCUCGCGCUCUCCGACUUUCUGUGCGUCUUCCAGCUAUUUCUCGCGCGGCAGCGCCGCUUCCCGGCGAGCCUCUUCCUGGAGGGGGCGACGCUCAUCUCGAGCACACCCGCGUCGCUGGUCUUCGCCGCGCACGGCCGCAUCGCCGAGUCUGCGGUCCUGUGCGGUGGCCUGGCGGCGUGGCUGGUGGUGGGCAGGUUGUGCAUGUGA